ACACUUGGAGUAGAGGUUCAUCCUCUUCUUUUUCAUACUAACCGAGGGCAGAUCCGCUUCAAUGUGUGGGAUACAGCUGGACAAGAGAAGUUUGGUGGAUUACGUGAUGGUUACUAUAUACAAGGACAAUGUGCCAUUAUAAUGUUCGACGUCACAGCUCGGGUCACUUACAAGAACGUACCAAACUGGCACCGAGAUUUGGUUCGAGUCUGCGAAAACAUUCCAAUAGUACUUUGCGGAAAUAAGGUUGACGUAAAAGACCGAAAAGUGAAGGCAAAGACAAUUACGUUUCAUCGCAAGAAGAACUUACAGUAUUAUGACAUCUCAGCCAAAUCUAACUACAACUUUGAAAAGCCAUUUCUUUGGUUGGCUCGCAAACUUCUUGGUGAUCCUAACCUUGAGUUCGUCGCUAUGCCAGCUCUUGCACCACCAGAGGUACAAAUGGAUCCAACUAUGGUGGCUCAGUACGAAGAAGACCUUAAAAACGCUGCGGAUGCCGAUUUGCCCGAUGAUGACGACGAUCUCUAGGC